AUGUGCACACAGGCUUUGGUGGACAACCCCUCACAUGACUGUGUCACCAAAGAGUACACGACCUACAAGAUCGAAAAGGGAAACCCAAACACCUUUUACCCCUUUGUCUUAAAUGACAUGAUUGGUAUGAAAAACGCCAAUGACAGAGUCCAUGUGAAAGAUAUCAAACGGGCGCUGAGGGGACAUGUGAAAGACGGUUACACGUUCAAUCCUGUCUAUAAGUUAUCAAAGGAAGAUCCGUACUACAACGAGUCCCCAACCAUCAACAACAAAGUGCACAUUCUGGUUUGUGUCAUUGAUGCCAGCACAGACGAUCUGUGCGGGGAAAAUGUUGCUGCGACACUACGGGAUAUCAGACUUGAAGCCAGUGAACUGGGGAUUCCUCAAGUGGCCGUUUUCACCAAAAUUGAUGAGGCCUUCCCCGAGAUUAAACAAGAUAUAAGGAACAUCUACAAAAGCAAAAAGCUAAAGGCAAAGAUGCAGAAGUUCAGUGUAAACGUGGGUAUUCCAAUGAACUGCAUCUUUGCUGUCCAGAACUACCAUUCAGAAAUGCACCUCCACAAUGACAUUGACACUCUAAUCCUGAGCACUCUGAGACGCAUCAUCGCCUUUGGAGAUGACUUCCUCAAUAAACAAAAUAUGUGCUAAAUGUUAAGACAGGUUUGCUGAAAGAACGUUGGCUGAAUUUCAUAAAACUAUUGUGUGACAAAAGACCACAAUCGCAUUUGUGUUUUGUUUGCAGCUUUUUUUUCAAACAACUUUAUUUUAAGUUUAAGUAGAGAUCCAAAUGUUUCCAGAAAUGUCAAAUUUGUGUAAAUGUGUCUAAAUUAUCCUACCUCUGCUAAUGUCAAAUAGACUUUUUGGUUUUGCUGAACUGUCAUAUUUGUUCUUGUGAGUGUUUCUUGUGCUUGGAAAAGAGAUCUUAAUCUUAACUAGAAAAUUCCAGGGAAAUUUUGAGUGCCACGGGGGCUAUACUGCCGGGAUGAG